AUUUACGUUCACUCAGCGACUAAACCAGAAAACCCCGCCGCCGGCAGUGUGCCACAAGCCAGGGGCAUUUUGGACAUCUUCAGAAUCUUUCAAGCCACCUACAUUCAAGCUGUCGGGCUAAUUCCGAUAAAGACGACGCCAAAUUUAAGAUCUGACGGAGAUUUCACAUUAACGAUAUGGCCAAAGAGAACAACUCCUCCGCUAUGGAUGUGGACAACCAGAAUUCGGAAUCCGUUGAUCAGAUUAAUAGCCCUAGGUUCUCUAUCAAUGUUUUGCAGCUCUUGAAAUCCGCUCAGAUGCAGCAUGGAUUGCGGUUUGGCGAUUACGCUCGUUACCGGAGGUACUGUACUGCUCGGCUCAGGAGAUUGUACAAGUCGUUGAAAUUCACGCAUGGCCGUGGUAAAUAUAGUAAAAGGGCGAUUACAGCUUCUAUGGUCACUGAAGUGAGGUAAUAGA